AUGACUAAACCGCUGUCCGCAUUGUCGCUGAUUAUUUUUCUGUUAAGUGCAUGCACUUACACAAAACUCGCACAUUUAAUUAUCUAAACACGAAGCGUGGUUGGUCAGGAGCUGCGCGUUAACUUUGGCUGUAGAGCGCUAGUUCGAGCGAGCAACGCUGUCACGCCACGACAGGAAGUUUUUGUUUUGCUGUGUGCGUGCGUUUCGCUCUUUCAACCUGUCCCUUCAAAUACCCUUUUUUUUCCCAAACGAGAUAAUGUUGUCUGAGGAAAAUACGCUACACUUUCGGCGUAAAUAGUGUAGCGACUCCCGACAAUUUAGCACCACCUAAAUUUUGUUCCUGGGUCACCAUUAAGAUCUUGAGCAGUCGAUGCGCGCAGCUUUAGCUUCCGUUUGCACCUCUGAAGUCGGCUUUCCCGCAAAGUCAUGGCAGGCAGAGGGAAUGAAUUUGACACAUGUUCUAGUGGCGAAUGCGGCGCGUAGAACAAUGCCGACACGCUAAGUAAGCUCGUGAAAAACAACUUCGCGGAGAUGUUUCAGUUGUUCGAAACGACGCGACUGCUGUCCCUGCCGUCAGCUCGCCGUCAUGACGGUGUUCGGGCAUCGGUGGUUUUAUCAACGUUUGCCGAGAACGCCGACUGGCAGAUCUUGGUCCUUGUCUGCAGCAGUGGGCAUGUGGUCCUGUACCUGCGGCACUUACAUGACCCCCGCCCUCGCUUCUGGAGCCUGCCGUGGUCAACACCGCGAAGGCCGCAUCCAUUUGGCGACGUGGUGGCGUUGUGCAUGGACCCUUUGGGCACCAAGGUUGUUCUCGCCACCGCUGGUAGCGCACUGCUUGUCUGGAACAUCGUGCCCUUUCUGGAGGAAAACACGUGUAGCUCCAACAGAAAUGUGGUGGACGACGCACAAUCGAUUCGUCUCACGAGAGACCGAGGAAUGCCUACGUGCGUCUGCUGGUGGCAGACUUUGAAGGGAGUCCCAGUGGCUGUUGUUGGCACGGAGCUGGGAGAACUGCGCUUUGUAGACCUGCAGGGAAGGGGUCAGCUGGCUUCCACAGCCAUUGGCCAUGCCAUUGUGGAUGUGCACGUCAUCAGCGCAGUUCGCAACAUCACACACCUACUUGUGACUGACGUUGACCGGCAGCACUGGCACCUGCUUCUGGAGGACAAAGGAAGUGGUCAUGACUGGCUCCGGAUAGGUCACUCACCGGUGUCCACCACUGUUGGUGCGGCCCCCACUGGUGCUGCCACAUCUGAGUGGCGGCUGUGGUCAUCAGCGGACCGUGAAGAUUCCCCAGCAGGGCAAGACAAGAGUCCUCCCCAGCAACCUCGGCGCGUGUCCAAGCUUGGCCGGGACACGCUUGUGGACAAGCAGACAGUCCAGGGUCGCCAGUGCCUGCUUGUGCUGGACGCAGCCUCGGGCCAACUUGAGCUCUAUGAUGGUGGGGAUGUGGCCCGGCGUGCAUCAUGCCUGUAUAGUGUGCCUGUGACGGGUGCACGCCAUGUGGUGCUGACAGACCAAUUGCUCAUUGUGGCUGCUGCUGGUGAGACCGGAUCGCCCGACACCCAGCUACACCUGUUCUCCAAAAGUGCCCUUGAUUUUGCCAGCAUCACCACAAAGAAGAAAGAGUGCAUUGACCCCACCCUGCAGAGGUUCGUCAUUAAAGAGCCUGCUCUGGCCAUUUACCGUUGCUCAAGGCCUUGCCACCAGUCGCAGACAGCAGCAACAGCUGGAACUGAUGCUGCAACUGAAGACGUUAAGGGUACUGAUGAGGUGCCACUGACUUCUGAGACCUUUCUGGAUGGCUGCUUGGUGGUGACGCGAUAUGGCGUCUACGCCUGCAAGUCCAAGUGUUCAGCGGAGCGCCUGUUCCUGGGCUUCACGGGUUCCCCCUCAACGCUACCCUUGGCAGAGCACCUGGGUGCCCUGCUGAACCUAGACAUGUUCUCCCUGUACGAGGCAGCAGCGGAGGCACAGCUCGUGCGCGGACAAUUUCCCCAGGCCGUGCGCCUCUACCAGUUGUCCAAGUGUCCUCAGCUGAAAAGGGUGGCCCACUUUGCGAGCCGGGGCUUCCUCUCGGAGCUGCUGGCCUACGUGCAAGUGCUGUUUGGCACGAGGGCCUCGGAGAUCCCCGUGCCCGACCGGGUUCACUUUGCCAACGUGGCUGCCCUGGGGUUCGUGCAGCAGGUGCUGAGCAAGCGCCAUGGCACGGCUGACCGCGAUGCCGUCCUCCAGGCAUUCAGGGAGUUCCUGCGGGAAAACCUGUACUACGAUGCGUCGGUUGUGAUGCGGAUGCUCUCGGAGCAACGCCUCUACGAGCUGCUCUACCACUGUGCGCAGCUGCGUGGUCAGCGGCGUCUGAUGGUGGAGCAGCUGGCGCACUUUGACCCUAGCCUGGCCCUGGACUCGACCACGUGCGCUACUCUUGCCAGCCGAGGUUACGGACACCUCCUCCAGCAGGCCACCCAUGAAUACUUCCCGGUGUGUGUGACGGACCCUGACCUUCUGUUGCCCCUCUCGUGUGACCUGUCGCUACUGGGCACACAUUUGCGGUUGCUGGCUGACUUGUUGCCGCGACUGGAACCCGGCCUGGUGCAGCGGGUGGCCAGGAUGUACGACGCAUCACGGCCAGGUCCGGCCCUGGCCCUGCGACGGGUCCUUCUUGCAUCUUCAAGGCAGGGCCGCUACCCCGGUUCCUCUUCAUCUCUGUCAACGGAUUCACUGGAUUUGACACAAUCGGACGAUGACACAGUCAACGAGGAAGACAUUGUCAAAUUCAUGAUCUUCGUACUCCUGAUGCUGAACCGGCGUCGGUCCAAGAACCGCGGCUAUGACGAGCAGCUGCUGAAAACCGGCUUCUUCACACCCUCGGCACCAUCGAGCUUGAAGCGCACCGCUGCUCAGGACUCUGAACGCUACGUGGCCUCUGGCCAGUCCCAUUGCGGCCUGGUGGUUCGUGGCAAGGCCUACACCUGGGGUCGAGCUCAGUUCGGCAGAUUGGGCCACCGGGAGAGCCACAAGGAGAUCCUGGGUGUCACGUGUGUCGAGGUGCUCGACAACCUGCGGGUCAAGGUGUCACAGGUGGCGUGCGGCACCCACCACACCCUCUUCAACACCGACGCAGGCGUGUUUUCGUGUGGUUCAUCGCGCUACGGCCAGCUGGGCCUGGGCGACCUGCAGAGAACCUGGGUGCCACACCUAGUCGACACCCUCGCUGGCAGAGAAGUAAUCAAGGUGGCCGCAGGACUCUACCAUUCGCUGGCAGUCACCAAGGAUGGCAGCCUGUUCACCUGGGGCUGGGGAGUACAUGGCCAGCUCGGCCACGGCGGCUGUGCUGAUGAGAGGCAGCCUCGAGAAGUGGCCAGCCUGGUUGACCACAAGGUCGUCGAUGCCUACGGAGGCUGCGGUCACUCGGUUGCCUUGACCUCCGAGGGUGUGGUGUUCACUUUUGGGUGCAACCUGUUUGGCCAACUGGGCCUGGGCCGGUCGCCCAAGAAGAGUAGCCCCCAGCGAGUCGACCUGGGCGAGCCAGUGCGCCUGCUCUGCUCGGGCUUCUUCCAAGUGCUGGCACUGCUGUCAUCGGGGCGUCUGCUGACUUGGGGAGCCAACCCACAGAGCCUGCGGCUGCAGGCGCAGUCGUCACGUCGGUCGCGCCUCCAGGCAGUGGUGGCGCAGAACGAGCUGCUCUCCUCGCUCGCAGGGGGACCCCACGGGGGCAACCUGCGGCACCCGGCCUCGGCAGCUGCUGCCGGAGCCCUCCCUACUGCUGGCGCCAGCCCCAGCCCCAUGGCGCAGGCCCUGCUCCAUGGCCACCAGCGCCACCUGUCGCCCACCGAAGUUGACCUGUCGGCAGUCCGGGGCCCCGUGGUGGGCAUGGCCUGCGGCUCCAACCACGCGCUCUUGCUCACCCGUGACGGGGAAAUCUUUGCCUGGGGCCGCAACACUGAGGGGCAGCUUGGACUGGGAAAUCGCAAGGACCAGAAAAGCCCGCAGCUGGUGUCGCACCUGUCCCAGCGCAGCAAGGUGGCGCAGGUGUCGUGCGGCCGAGACUUCAGCCUGGCCCUGGACACCCAGGGCAAGCUCUGGGCCUGGGGACAGAACGAAGGAGGACAGCUGGCGUGCAAGGUACCAACUGAGGAGAGCUCGGUGCGCCACCUGCGGGUGCUGUCGAGCCGCCUGAUCACCAUCCGCACCAGCCGCUGCCUCAUCACCAUUCCCCAGGGGCAACGCACGGGCGAGGUGCGCCCCAUUGAGGUCACCGCCCUGCCUCCAGAGAUCACCCGGCCGCCCCCAGAAGACCUCGAGCAGUCGUUGCGACAAAAGGCCUUCCAGAAUGCAUACCUGAACCGUUCUACGCCUACCUUUGACCUGGGGUCUCUUGAUGAUCCGCCCUAUGGACCUGUAGCCCUGCACACUGCCCUGGAGGCAUUCCGAGGCAGCUACGAUCCAACCUCGGUUGUCAGCUACUGUCAACGCUUCUCGGACUUCCAGGCCGCUGCGAAGGUUUCGCUGCUCGAGGGACAGUUUGCCCAGGCCUUGCAGUACCAGCUCCAGGCUCUCAUGUUUGACCCUAGGUUGACCCGUGAGUUCCUGACAACAAAUGCGGUGGAGGCCGUCACCUACUACUUGGGGCUCAUUGACAAGGAGAACAGUGAAGCCAACUUUGGAUUUUUCGAAAACAUGGUGAGCUUUUGGCAAGAGGAAGAGCUUCCUGUGAAACCUCUGGAGAAACUGUUCCAGUCCCACCUUCCAGACAUUGGCUACUCACUUGGCCUGGUCCUGUUCAGCAAUGAACGAGAGGUGGUGUCCCAGUUCGUGUCGCGCCUGUCGACCGGGCUGUGCUUGUCGCUGGCAGCUGCCAUGCGCGAGCGGGUCACCUCGGGCCAUCCCCACGGGGAGCUGAUCGGAGUGCUGCUCGAGAAGUCGGGCACAGCGGCCCUGGCCGCCCAGAUCCGUCUGGUGGACGAGAGUGCCGGAUGGGAGCCGGCUGUGCCCCCACAGCGCCUCUGGGAGCAGCUGGUGCGGAGCCUCGGACAUGGCAUCCGGCGCAAGGCAGCACUCAGGCUCUCAGCCUCCGAGGUGGCACGGCUGACGCAAACGUUGCUGGCCGAACAGGCUGCCAAGGCCAGCUCUUCCCCAACAGACAAAUUGGUCGGCAAUGCCCUGGUCUUUUCCUGUGGUCACAACACAACAGCCACAGCGUUCCACGAGACAGCCAUGCCAGAGCUGGAGGACUCCCUGCUGAGGCGGCUGCAGCGACCUCUGCCGCUGACGGCCAAGCUGCUUGCUCGCGGCUACGCAAUGCCGGGAGUGAUUCCGUUUGCGUGUCCACGGUGUGUUGUUAACGAGAUACGUGCCAACUGGUGAAUGAGCGUGAUGGUCUCACAAGAUGUUGCACCUCCUUACGAUGGUUCUCAGCUGAGCUAGUUGCCGUGGGAGAACAAACUAAACUAGGAGGACGCAUUAUGUAAACCUUAGCGAGCCGUUCCCCUCACUUUUCCCCUUCCAGUAUCGGCCCAACACGUGACCUUUGAGACACAGUGUAUUGGCCGAGAAUGUUCUGUCCCGGUAGAUUGUAUUUGAUGCACAUUUGCUCAGCUGCCCUGCAGAGCGGGAGGGACUACUGCUCGGCUCCCCGACACGAUGAUCACUUGUUGGGCUGACACGUUCGACUUCAAUCAUGUUGCACAAUGUUCUGUCCUAAUUCUUUAUUUUUUUUCUAUCCUAGUUGGCAUUGCACUUUCCGGAAAGUCAGCAGUGCAUAAUCUCUCUAUUUUUUUUUUUAUGUUGUCGAAAUCAUUAUCCGCUGAAUUUCAGGAAAGGUUGUAACUCUGUUUUGAUGAACCUUGUUAAUACCUAAGGUCUGUCAGCCAAGGAAUGCAUCGAAAUAGUUUGCAUCCACUUAGCAUCAAAUAGUCGCCGCGUCAAAGACUAGUCCCCUUGUCGAAAUGUUGACUUCAGUCUGACACAUCCCUUGUUGACAACUGUGGAUCACUUAGCAUUCCAAGCUUUCUGUCAUGUUAUGCAAAUUACGCCAAAGAACUGGUUUCCAAAGCCGUUUAUGUGACCAGUGGCAUACAGAUGUAUCUGUCAUAGACCAACAAAGAGCAUGAAACUCACUGAAAAUCUAAGCCCACAAGUGACACCUGAUGGUUUUGUGGUGGCAUUUGUUUGGUAGCACCAUGCAUGCCUUCAGAUUUGGGCCCCAUAAGCAGAGAAAGAAAUUCUUUUCUUGUUGGCAUUUUGUUUCGCCAAGAAAACGAGAUGCACGCUGAGUAAGUCAAAAGGCCUGGUCAGGUGGCUUCCUGAACUUGCAAACUAUUAGCCAAGCAUCUUGAGCUGUGGUUGUGAGACUUGUGUAAAUACCCUUGACCACAGUCACACUGUACUUUGUUGGUACUGGCUGUGCUUCCGUGGUACAGCAAAGGAAAUGACAUUCAGACAGUGUCUCAGUAAGUGCACUGAGGAUGCUGAGCUUUAUCUUACGCGGGAACAACACAUCUGUCAUGUCUGUCUGCAAUAUGUCAGUCAUGCAGACAUGUCAGUAGCUGACGGCUCUGAUGACAUUGAAACUAUGUGCUUAUGACUGCCAGCGUUCAUUGCAGUCUCUUCAUGAGCAUGCAAUCACCAUUUGACUGUGAUGCCUCUCGUGGCACGGGUAGCUGCGCAAGGAGAAAAAGACAAAGAUACCCCCCCCCCCCCUCCCUCUUCAUGCUUUACCGAGCUCACAUGGACAGGGCAGAGGCUUUCAACAUCUGGUUGGUCUUCUGUAGGGAUCACAAUUGAAUAUGGCAGGCAAGUCAUUCAGAAGGGUAUCGUUUGUGCAGUUGACUAACGUGCGCAAGUUUUGUGUUCCUUAAUUUCUGGUUAGACAUUCUUGGACGGCUCCAUUGGAGGCGCUUGCCAACUUUGCAUCUAGCUAGUGUGGAGCUAAGGUGAGUCACUGAAGGCACUGAGCAGAAGGUUAGGCCCUCCUUCUGGUAGCACCUGUGUGCCUGGACAAACGGCCUGACUGGGAACACCCCCUGUUCGCAUUCAACAGUUCGUAGCAGCUUAAUAUCUAUGCCUAACAGAAAAGUUCCACGUGGUGUUAGUACCAGUCAGCAAGCAAGCUACAUUAUGAGUGUUCACGCAUCGAGUUUAAAACCGUGUGUCAUGACAGAUUGUUGCUCUAAAGCUCGACAUUUUCUGUCGUAUGGCUCAUGGCUGUACGGAGUCAGAGAAGUUGGGUUGGGAAAUGAGUGUGUUGCCUCAAACAGAGCACAAAGACAAAAGGCUUAAGAAGGAGCUUUAGCUCUGGGCCAACUCCAAUGCCGCCUCUUCACAUAAUGUGCACCUGGCGUCAACAGUUUAGGGACCACGGGAUCUCCAAAAACAUUCUAUUCCCGAGUAGGCUGUGGCAGCAGCCAGUAAAAUUGUAUAUGGCAAUGUUGUCAGCAUAUUCUAGUGGAGGCCUGAAAUGCAAAUGCCAGACUACGUUGUGAGGUUGAGGAGAUAUUCAGCAUUUCCUCAGAUCUUAUGCCCUGCAAUAUUUUGUCGCCGGGUGUACAUAUAAAACUCGAAAAUGCUUUUAUGAAGCAACUCCUGCAUAGGUUUGUAUGAUAUUUGCUGCAUUUUCAAACAAAAGUUAGAUGCAGUGACUGUAGGAAGUCGAAUUUCAAAAAAGAUCAGCAAAGAUCGUAUGCAAAAAAAAAUAAAAAUAACAUAGAAGGCCGUAGUUUACAGACCAAUAACUCUGCACCAAAAACGGAUAUCACAGCUCUGUAAACUGCAUCUGUUAGGGCAUGUGAAGAAGACAAAUCUUAUAUUUCAAUUUCUUUAGCCCCCAAGCUAAAGCUUCCUCUUAAAGGGGACAACUGAGUCUGUCAAUAUUGCAUUCCAUUGCAGUGCUCUUGGGAAAAUAUUAUUUACAGUGCGUUCCUGAAGGGCCUGCUCUGCAUAUGUUGUGUCCAGCAAGUUGUCACCUUCCAGCAAGAGAUGUGCCUCUCCUCUAUAUCUACUGCAACACAUCUCCUUUUUUAAUGUGUUAG